UGAAGCCUCGAAGCAUAUUCCUACAGGCCAAGCGGUAGGUUCUCCCCUGAAUCAGCUUGCCGCAGCCACAUCUUCCUCGAGGCCUCACGACUCUUCUGCAACACACAAGAGAUGCCGUGGCAUGACCAUUGCGCCGCCAAAAGGGACUUAAUCAUCAGGAUUCAGGAGCCAAGAAACGAGGAUACAGGGUUGGUUCCUUGUUCUGCCGCAUCAUCAUCGUCCUUAGUCCCAUGGUUCAGGGAGUCAUUAUGCACAGCUUAGGAAGCGCAAUUCUUCUUCUGUUAAUAUGUGUGGUGUUGCAGCAAGGGGCAGCAGCUUGCUCAGGCGGGCGGUGCGAGCUCGGCGACCGAUGUUCGUCAGAAGCCGACUGCGGGUCUGAACUCUACUGCUACAACUGCUGGAUCGAGUUCGCCGGCAAAAGGUGCGUCCGCACGACGGUCGCCGACCCGUUCAAGAUAGUUGACACAUCGUUGCCGUUCAACAAGUACGCGUUCCUGACGACGCACAACUCGUUCUCCAUCCGCGGCGAGCCGUCCCACACCGGAGUCCCACGGAUCACGCUGUACAACCAGGACGAUUCGGUCACCGACCAACUGAAUAACGGAGUCCGGGCGCUGAUGCUGGACGUGUACGACUUCCGCGACAACAUAUGGCUUUGCCACUCGAAGGGAGGGAAAUGCUUCGACUUCACGGCGUUCGAGCCGGCCAUCGGCACCAUGAUGGAGGUCGAGGCGUUCCUGUCGGCGAACCCGUCGGAGAUCGUGACGCUGAUCCUGGAGGACUACGUCGGCUCUGACCACGGCCUCUCCAAGCUGUUCGACAGCGCGGGCCUGACCAAGUACUGGUUUCCGGUGUCGAGCAUGCCGCGGGACGGCGGGGACUGGCCUCGCGUCCGCGACAUGAUCAGGCGCAACCACCGCCUCCUCGUCUUCACCUCCGACGAGUCGAAGCAGCGCGCCGAGGGGAUCGCGUACCAGUGGAACUUCAUGGUCGAGAGCCAGUGUAAGCGUCAGGCUCUAGGUCGAGGCGAUGCAAAUUUCUCAGAACGUACGAAGCCGGAUGCUGAUCGUGUGAUGGUGCAUGUAGAUGGCGACGGCGGGAUGAGCUCUCGCGCGUGCCACCGCCGCGCGGAGUCCCUGGACCUCGACAACCGGACGAGGUCGCUGGUCCUGGUGAACUACUUCCACACGGUGCCGCUCCGGGUGACGGCGUGCGUGGAGCACUCGCUGGGGCUCGCGGACGUGCUCCGGGUGUGCCACGCCGCCGCCGGCAACCGCUGGGCCAACUUCCUGGCCGUCGAUUACUACAAGAGAAGCGACGGCGGCGGCGUGUUCGAGGCCACGGACAUGCUCAACGGGAUGCUCAUCUGCGGCCGCGACGACGUGCGAGCGUGCACGAAACGAACUCUCAAGGACGCGUUCUACGGCCUGCUUGGCAAGGCCGGGCUGACGCUGGGUCACGGCGGGAAGAGGACGUGACAGGUCGUUUGGUGCUUGUUGGUUGUGCUUGUCAUGGAGUACUACGUACUCAUGUCGCAUGUGCGGCGAUGCGUCAUGCGUGACAGAUUGGGUUGGGUGCCAGGGAGGACCGGACCAGCCUUGCUGCGCUCCUGCACGCCGGCCGUGAGAGCCAACUGCUGCUGGUGGAUGCUGGUACUCCAUUGUUGUUGUAGACAUGUAGGCUAGCCAUGAUGGUUCGAGAAAUCUGAAAAACUGAAACGGAACUGUAGCUACGAACCCUGUAGGCGGGGCGCUGUGGGCUCAGGUGUUGUGUCGGUACUAGGUAGUUGUUCGUUGUUGCUGCAGUACUGAUUAAGCCAUGGUUGGUAUGGUACUGUAUGUGGGUGUUCUUGUUAUUAGUGUCACAAUCAUGCCUGACAAUUUUAAUACAAAAGGGAGCAGUGCUCAUUGAAAAAA